AUGAGAGGACGUUUUAUUGCCAUUGAGGGGCUCGACCGCAGCGGCAAAUCGACGCAAUGUGACCGGCUGGUCGCCCAUCUCACGGAAACUACCGGAAACAAGACGCAUCUCUUCAAGUUCCCCGACCGAUCCACACCCAUGGGCCAGAUCAUCAACCAGUACCUGACUUCUGGGGUGGCUCUGUCUGACCAGGCGAUCCACCUGUUGUUCUCGGCGAAUAGAUGGGAACGCAUUGAGGAUAUCAAGGCGCUUCUGGAAAAGGGCGAAAACGUGGUGUUGGACCGGUACUACAUCUCCGGCAUUGUGUACACCCAGGCCAAGGGUCUGGAGCGACAAUGGUGCACAAACCCCGAUCUGGGUCUGCCUGUGCCGGAUAUCACCUUGUUUCUGACCGUCAGCCCCGAGGUGGCCAGCCAAAGAGGAGCCUAUGGCGAAGAACGGUACGAAAAGAUUGCUUUCCAGAAACGAGUCGCGGCGCUGUUCCACGAAGUCGCACAGCGAAACUGUAUCACCGUGGACGCCAGCGGCACGGAGGAGGAGGUUGCCAACGCCAUCAACCAGUGCGUCGAAACGGUGCAGAUUGGCGAGGCGUUGGAUAAGUUCAGCGGCCUGUAA